UGGCAUGCUGCCUUGUGAAGGAACUGAAGUCGUCCCUAAUAAUGCAAGAUCGCACACCUGUAUGCUCUCUGGUUUAUUCAUCGGCAAUGAAAAAGUACUUGUUAGAUUAUCAUUCGGGAUUGAUGGACCCAAACAAGUUGCCAUGAAACUUGCUGUCAGAUCUGAAGACGAAGUAAUUAGUGACGCUAUAGUCUAUACAUGGAAGUACGGCAGUCAGUGAUGUGGAGAUUGACAAUCUGGAACCCAAGCUUGCUUUGAGGGAUGUUAAUGCCUUGCCAUCUCCUUUUG